AUGAAAUACAUUAGUGUCAUUGGCCUCCGAGGAACUGAUAGCUUUGUCCUCAUGAAGUGCUUUUGGUUUUUAAUCAUAACAGUCCUUUUUGGUCCUACUCUCUGCGAUGCUAGAGUAAAGAAAACUGAAAUAAAAUUCGGUAGAGGAAGAUAUGACGUAGACAAACAAUGCUGGACGAAGAAGCCCACGAAGCCCUGUCUAGGCGUCCGAUCUGAAUGUCAGUCUUUAAAAAUCAGGAGAAAAAUUCUUCGUGCGUUGAAACGAAGGCCAGGAAUAAUGGAGUUUGUAGAGAAAAAGUCACGUGAUUGUAAACACAGGAGAUAUCUUGGUCUGGAAAACGUUUGCCCGCAUAAAUUCAAAUAUGUCACAAGGAUAGUCAGACGUGGGAAGUCUUGCUAUGUAGUAUUUCCUCAUCGGCAAUGUAUAACAUACGCAGACUGUGGAAAGAAAAUGGGUUGCUCGAGGAAUGGUCGCGUAAAGAGUGCUUGUCUGCCUGAUCGAUCCCGCAUUUUUAAUGUUUGGGUUUACUGUGUGGACAAGUGUCGAUUUGAACUGGAGACCUUGGAGCUACCUCAGUGCUGUACCUGCAGAGAAUACUCCACUUGCGAUGAUGGUGAUGGAGAUGGAAACGGUGGUGGAGAUGGUGGCAGUGAUGGAGAUGGUGAUGGAGAUGGUGGCGGUGGUGGAGAUGGUGGCAGUGAUGGAGAUGGUGAUGGAGAUGGUAGCGGUGGUGGAGAUGGUGGCAGUGAUGGAGAUGGUGGCGGUGGUGGAGAUGGUGGCAGUGAUGGAGAUGGUGAUGGAGAUGGUGGCAGUGAUGGAGAUGGUGAUGGAGAUGGUGGCAGUGAUGGAGAUGGUGAUGGAGAUGGUGGCAGUGAUGGAGAUGGUGGCGGUGGUGGAGAUGGUGGCGGUGGAGGUCCAAGUGGCACGAAAUGA